AUGGUUAGAUAUUCCGGACGGCACAGUGAGGGUAAGAGCACAGAAGAUGUCCAUAAUAAUAGACAAAAGAGCAAUCCUACACGUUCAAACUCUUCUCGUAAUAUCAGAGACAGCAAGGGCUAUGAAGCUGCAACCAAAAGUAAAUGGGAAUUGGAGGAAGAUAUGAGUUGCAUCGAAUCUCCACCAAGCGAUGAUCUUAAAGUAGCAGCAGAAGCCGGACUUGAGGCUGCAUUCCAUUCGGCUAAGGCGGAGAAAUUCAAAGAAAUUCAACGAAGUUUAUAUAAAAAGGCGAAAACAGGCUCGCGAUCUGGUUCAUCCACAGAUGAAAUCGAAGGACGCAUAUGA